ACUUACCCUGUGGUCAAACUGCAUAAACACAGAGCUGAGAGAACUUGCACGGUCGGUUUGAGGAGUGAAUACAAAAGAAACCGGAGUUUGCAUGAGGGAUUGCAUUGUUUCUCUGCACCGAUUAACGCAUAACGGGAUUUAUAUCGAUCUAUAACGGUGCGGUUUCCGCUACAUCACUGUAACGGCGUCAGGAUGAUGAAGUUUAGGUUCAGACGGCAGGGAAACGACCCUCAUCGGGAAAAAAUCAAGCAGGAUCUGUUUGCAUUCAAUAAGACAGUUGAACAUGGAUUCCCAAAUCAGCCAAGUGCUCUGGCUUAUGAUCCAAAACUGCAGAUUAUGGCUGUUGGAACCAAAUCAGGAGCCAUCAAAAUAUAUGGUGCCCCUGGAGUGGAGAUGACAGGACUUCAUAAAGACACUGCUGCAGUCACACAGAUACACUUCCUUUAUGGACAGGGAAGGAUACUUUCUCUCUUGGAUGACAACAGCAUUCACUUGUGGGAGAUUGUGCAAAGAGAAAGUCGGUCUCAUUUGGUGGAGGUCCACAGUUUCAUAUUGCCUGGCAGGCCAGGCAUCGAGAGCACAAGUGUAACUCGCGUAACCGUUAUGCUCCUGAAACAGAACUCUGAUCUUCUUGCUCUGGGAACUGAAGGUGGUGGGGUUCACUUCCUGGAGUUGCCCACUUUCACAUUGUUAAACAAGUCCCUAUUCCAGGAUGAAAUCAUGCAGAGCGUUCCAGAAGACUACAAGUGUGGAAAAUCAUUGGGACCUGUGGAGUCCCUGCAGGAACAUCCGAAAGACUCUGAUAAAAUCCUCAUUGGAUACAGCAGAGGUCUGGUUGUACUCUGGGACCUUAACAAUCGACAUGUCGACAACCUCUUCCUAGGAAAACAGCAGCUGGAGAGUUUGGUCUGGGAACGGUCGGGUAACAGCUUUGUCAGUUCCCAUAGUGAUGGUGGAUACAUGGUGUGGGCUGUCAGCAGCGGCAAUCCUUGUACUUAUGACCCGGUCUCUUCAACCAUACCAUAUGGCCCGUUUCCCUGCAAAGCCGUGAACAAGAUCCUGUGGAGGACAACAGAAUCGGGAGCUCCUCUGGUGCUGUUCAGUGGUGGGAUGCCCAGAGCAAGCUAUGGAGACCGACACUGCCUAACCAUCCUCCAAAACACCAACCACGUCACCUUGGACUUCACCUCCCGCGUCAUAGACUUCUUUACCAUCCACUCCACAGACACAAAUAGUGAAUUUGAUGACCCUUCAGCCCUUGUGGUUCUCUUGGAAGAGGAGCUUGUGGUGAUUGAUCUUCAGAUGGCCGGCUGGCCCACAGUUCCUGCUCCAUAUCUGGCUCCACUGCACUCCUCUGCCAUCACUUGCUCAUGCCACAUCUCAAAUGUCCCGCCCAAGCUGUGGGAAAGGGUGAUCAGUGCCGGACAACAACAGUGUCCCCUGCAGAACUAUGAGAACUGGCCAAUAUGUGGAGGGAAAAACUUAGCACCUGAUCCAAAACCGAAAGAACUGCUGUUAACUGGUCAUGAGGACGGCACAGUGCGUUUCUGGGAUGCGUCUGGAGUGUCACUCAAACCCCUGUACAAACUGAGCACGGCAAACAUCUUUCAGACGGAUUGUGACCACAACGACAGCCUGACCCAAGCAGGAGAGGAGGACUGGCCUCCUUUUAGAAAGGUGGGCUGUUUUGAUCCAUACAGUGAUGAUCCUAGACUGGGAAUCCAGAAGAUCAGUGUCUGUAAAUACAGUGGAAAACUGGUGGUUGCCGGAACUGCUGGACAGGUUAUAGUGAUGGUUCUUAGUGAUGAGAAGUCCGAUCACAUGAUUGAUGUGGCAACAGUGGAUCUUCUUCAGGACCGUGAGGGUUUUACGUGGAAAGGUCAUGACCGCCUGCCUCCGAAGAGUGGCUCUGUAGUGUUUGCUCCUGGAUUCCAGCCGGUUGUCCUGGUGCAGUGCAUGCCCCCUGCAGCCGUUACCGCGGUAACCCUGCAUGCAGAGUGGAACCUCAUCGCCUUUGGCACCAGUCAUGGCUUUGGCCUCUUUGACUACCAUCGGCGAAGUCCAGUGCUGGCAAGGUGCACACUCCACCCAAACGACUCUCUGGCUAUGGAGGGUCCUCUUUCCCGAGUGAAGUCCUUAAAGAAAUCUCUGCGUCAGUCCUUCAGACGAAUGCGGAAGAGCAGAGUCUCAGGAAAGAAACGUGUUGUUUCCAGUCCCACUAGUAAAGUGAGUAUCAGUGAUUUUGAUCUUGCAGAGCAGGAUGCAGAGGUGGCGCCGGUGCAGAGACGGAUCGAGCCCCGAUCCGCAGAUGACUCUCUGUCUGGAGUGGUCCGGUGUCUCUGUUUCGCUGACACUUUCCUCAGAGACGGAACACAUCAUGGUCCCACCAUGUGGGCCGGCACAAACUCUGGCUCUGUAUAUGCGUACGCUCUGGACGUGCCGUCUCAAGAGAAAUUUUCGGAACAGAGUGUGGAGGCUUUGUUGGGAAAAGAGAUCCAGCUGAUGCACAGAGCUCCAGUGGUGUCCAUCGCUGUGCUGGAUGGCCGAGGAAACCCUUUGCCUGAGCCAUAUGAAGUCUCCAGAGAUCUGGCCAAAGCACCAGACAUGCAGGGCAGCCACUCGGUUCUCAUUGCUUCCGAGGAGCAGUUUAAGGUUUUCAUGCUACCUAAAGUUAGUGCGAAGACCAAGUUCAAGUUGACAGCCCACGAGGGCUGUCGAGUACGUAAAGUAGCGCUGUCGAACUUCACCAGCGUGGCUUCUGAGGAUUACUCCGAGAACGCUCUUGUGUGCCUCACCAACCUCGGUGACAUCCAUAUGUUCAGUGUGCCAGCAUUGAGACCGCAAGUACGCUACGACUGCAUCCGCAAAGAAGACAUAAGUGGCAUUGCCUCCUGUCUGUUCACCAAGACUGGACAAGGAUUCUACCUGAUCUCGCCCUCGGAGUACGAACGGUUCUCGCUGUCAGCUCGUGUGAUCACAGAGCCGCUCUGCCAAGUGGAUACUGAGAGACCUCAUGAUCUGUCUGCACAUAGCAUGGCAGUCUCACCGCAGGCUAAUGGCACUCAUAAGACACAAGCCGAGAGCAAGUCUGUCGAGGCUGAAGGGCUGUUGGAAAUACGCAAUGCCUUGUCCUCCACUCUCCUGGAUUCUCCGAACAGCAGUGCUGACAUCACUCUGGACACCACAGGCGAGCUCACAGUCGAGGACGUCAAAGACUUCUUAAUGACUGUGGAUGAAGCUGAGAAUAACUUCAGGAAUAUGAGCGAAGAGGAUGGAAGACCUCCUGGAAUCCUCAUCAACUGAAGCGAGACGGCAGACAGCUGGAGGGGCAGUACGACUCAUCAGAUGGGCUCAUUACUUCUAAUUGUAUCACGACAGGAACGUUUGUGACUCCGGUUCAUGAAGUUUUGCAAUGGGAAUGUUGCACUUUUCCCUGUGCCAAAAGACUGCUUUCUUUUGUUAUUGUCCUUUCCUCCAGUUUUCUUUUCGAGCACAGCCAUUGGUUCCUUUUGGGCUGUAAAAUGGUACAUUUGAGAGGUGACUUAAGGGAUCUGAUCAUUUAUAAGCCAGUUGCACAAUGUUUGUAUGCAGGUAGGGGACUGACCCCAUGAAGUCUUUUUUUAUUUUGUUCGUCUUUUUAACAUUCCUUUUCAAGUGUUAACUCGCCGUGUAUUGUUAAUGAAGCUACGAUUAAUCGAAUAGAAAUACUUAUUCAGAAGUUUGUAUUUUGACUAGUUAAUGUUCAUAUAUAGCUGCUACAGUUCAAUGUCUAGGGGUAUAUCAGUGUGUCCAACCCGCACCUCUCUUGGGUUACGUGUUUAUUGUGACACCACAGAAAACAUUACCGGAACAAAACUCAUUUAUAAUCCCAAACAUUUUAAGUGCGUAAGAAAUAUAUAUAUAUAUUAGUCUGUAUGAAGUGUUUACUUUUCCCCUCCUGACAGCCUUUUCAACAAUAUCUGUGAUACUGUGAUGGUUUCUGAUAAAUCAGGAGUCUAUUGAAAAGUUGAAUUUAUGGACCCUGUGGGUUUGAUAGAUGAUAUUUCUUUUCUUUUGGGUUGUCUUUAUUAUUAUUGUUGUUAUUUUAAAAAUAAUGUCCCUUAACCACUUGCCAUUGUAAGUAAUUUUGGCAAAAACUGUGAAGUAAUUUGAAGGAGCGUGGUGUUUAACCUUCGACUAUUCUCUUCAGUAAAUCUAACUAGUUUGUGUUGCGUACGUCUUUACCACAAGUAUUAACAAAUUAUGGAGCUAAUGACUUUUCUAUUCACACAAUAUUCUUUAGGAUGAUUUUAUAUGGCUUAUAGAGGUUCGUAUUUUGUAUUUUAUAGAUACUUCACUGGCAUUUAUGUAACUAGGCAUUUUUACCACUGCAUUAUACGACAUAUUUCUACAUGAAAGGAGUUAGUGUAACUGAUAGAAAACGAAUAAUGAAGGAAGAAAUGUAUUAUAAAUGAGACUCAUUUGGCGCUGCUCAAAUCAGAUAAUGCAGUUAUCAGUCAGUCAGCUUCUAGAAGUGCUGUAGUGUUUAUGUGGUAACAUCAGCAAAGUCAUAUACUAGAUUGAAAACUGCACAUGAAUACUUUGCUUUGGUAUCACACAUCUCCCUACAUAUUAACUAGUUUGUUUUGCUUGUUACGUAUUUCAAAGGGACCUCACAAAUUGUUGUUUUUUAUAUUUUUGCAUUGAUUACAUUAACCUUUACUUUCCAUCCAACAAGUGUCCUGUGAACCUGUAUUUAAGUUUACUUGUGUAGCAUUUUAAUUUGAGAUAUAGCAAUGCUAAUGAAAUCUUGAAUGUUAAUAAAGUAUUUACUCCACA